AGUUUGAUCCCGUGAUGCUUUGCACAAGGAGACAAAAUGAACAAAGUUACUCAGGUAAUUGCCCUCGCAACUUUCCCAAGCCUGGCCCUUGCUUCAGGUCGAGUAUUUGCACAGAGUAACAGACAAAAGAAAGAACUGCUGAAGGUUGACCAGCUGUCACUUUAUACUGUUCCUAUUGAAAUAUACAGAUAUGAAGAAGACCGACCAAGCCAUCUUGAAGAGACAAUCUCUGUUUUCCGACAGUCAGCUGAGCCAUAUACAACCUGGUGUCAGGGUGUUUAUACAACCGUGAAACCUAAAAUAGAAAAUAUUGUUCAGCGUGGAAAAGACAGCUAUGUCUUUCUGAAGAAUCCCCCACCUGAAUUCUAUCCACGAGCCGGAAUUAUUGCACUAGCUGGAUUUGCUGGUCUUGUCCUUGCUGGAAGAGGUUCUCGUGUGAGAAAAACAAUUUAUUCGUUUGGCUUUCUGGCAACUUGUGCAUUCGUGUAUUAUCCAAAAGAAGUGAUUGAAGCUGCAAAGGUCAGUGGUUCAGCUCUGUAUGAAAUGGGUAUACAAGGUUAUUUAUCAGUGGAAUCCCUCUGGAAAGAAAAUACAGACAAGAAGCGACGUCUUGCCUCAAAAGUGGAAAGCAGUCAGGUUGAAGGUGUUCCAUCUGUCAAACCAACAAAUUCUUCCUCGUAAGCUUUAAUGGGUGCUGAUCAAAAAACUUAAUUUAGAACAGCUUGCCAGCGGAUGAACAAUUGUAAUUGGAAGAAAUAGACAGUGGUGGAAACAGAAUUUUCCUAAAGAAGUAAAUGAAUUGAAAGUAGCAUCCACCUUAUAAGAAACCAAAUCUUUUAUGACUUGAUGUCUGUACAAUUGAAAUAGAAAUUCUGUUUGAGACAUAAAUAUUUGUGUAAUAUAUUAAAAAAGAUUCCAAUAAAAUACCUUUAAUCAUC